UAAGAAGGAGGCGAAGAAAACGACGCCAAACAGUCCAUCGAUAUUUUGAUAGGGAGUAAGCGACAUCCUUCGCUCUCGUAUGCUGACUUGAUAUUCAAGCUGUAAAAUAAUAGAAAAAAAGGCUUCUAUUCGUAUUUGUUAGAUUGGGAUAUAGUUUCGUGCUGCUUUAAAAAUGACUACAUUCGUCCAAGUCCUCGACGAAUUCGUCGAUAAAGUAUGGGAUCUAAGAGACCGGAGAGUUGACGAUUGGCCGUUGAUGAGUUCUCCUAUUCCAGCCAUGGUUAUUUGUCUGGUAUAUGUCUUCGUCGUCAAAGUAGUGGGACCCAAGUUCAUGGAAAAUCGUCCAGCGUACGACCUGCGAAGAGUUUUAAUGGUCUACAACCUGUUUCAGGUUUUAACCAACAUUUGGAUAUUCUACGAACUUAGCCGACACGGAUGGUUGAGCGGCAAUUACAAUUAUUUCUGCGAGCCAGUUGACUAUUCUUACAAUGAAGCGUCUUUCCGUGUACUUCUAGCUUGCUACGUGUUUUACCUGACAAAGUUCGUCGACUUAUUCGACACGGUUUUCUUCGUCCUCCGCAAGAAAAAUAACCAAAUCACGUUGCUUCACGUUAUCCACCACGGCUGGAUUCCGACGACUCUGUGGCCGGGCAUUCGCUUCGUUUGCGGAGGUCACGGUUCAUUUUUUGCAUUCCUCAACUCGUUCGUGCACGUUGUUAUGUACAUUUACUACUUCUUGUCAGCGAUGGGACCGCACGUUCAAAAAUACCUUGGCUGGAAGAAACAUCUCACCUCGCUUCAGAUGGCUCAAUUCGUCGCUGCGUCUGCCCACUGUUUCCAGUUGUUAUUCUUUGAUUGCCAGUUUCCCUACCUUAUGUCUUGUUGGAUUGGACUUCACGAAGUAUUUUUCCUCGGCAUGUUUCUCAAUUUCUACAGACAAACAUACCUCAAAAAUAAAAAGCAGAAAGCCGAUUCCCUAUUAGCAAUCAAUAACAACAAUAACAUCACAAAAAAAACGCAUUAAAUUGUUUAUUCCGUUCAAUAAUUAUUUCUUUGUUUAAUAAACUUGUCACAGCGAAUAGGUACUGUAAAAAAAAUAAAUAAAAAAUAUAUAAAUCUAGCUGUUAUUAUAUAAUUAUUUCACUAUUAAUCCGAAUGAACUGGAUAUUUUGACCUGUUUUUCGAUGACGCCAUGAACUUAUUUAAAGAAAAAAACUCUGCCAAUAUAUUAGUUUCUCUUA